AGUUGUUUGUUACACUGUAACACCAGCUGCUUUCUGCACUCUGGAGCUUUUGCUGCCUCUGAGCUCCCUUAACUCCUUUUGCCUCUGGUCCUUUGCUUAGCUUCCCCCUCUCCCCGUCUUCUCUUGCUUUAAAUCUCUCUCUAACUUUCACAUCGGCUUCUCCCACCCCCCUGCUCCCUCCCUUUUCCUGGAGUCUUAAAGGGGGAGAAGAAGAAGAAAAUAAUUUAAAAAAAAAAAAACCUUCCCAUUUUUAAAAAAAUAUAUUAAUAAAAAAAUUAAACCCCAACAUAGAUGAACUACAAAUGAGAAAAAGGAAAAGAUGGAGCUACACAUUUUAGAGCACAGGCUCAAAGUAGCCAGCAUAGCCAAGGAGAGCAUCCAGUUGUUUACCUAUGGAUUAAUCAAACUUGCUUUCCUUUCCUCCAAGACCAGGUGCAAGUUCUUCAGUCUCACGGAAACGCCAGAGGACUAUACGAUCAUUGUGGACGAAGAGGGGUUUCUAGAGCUCCCUUCAUCAGAACACUUGAGUGUGGCAGAUGCUACGUGGCUGGCUCUCAAUGUGGUUUCAGGCGGAGGCAGCUUCUCCAGCUCCCAGCCCAUCGGGGUGACCAAGAUUGCCAAGUCAGUAAUAGCACCGCUGGCCGACCAAAACAUUUCUGUGUUCAUGCUGUCCACCUAUCAGACGGACUUCAUCCUGAUACGCGAGCGGGACCUGCCCUUCGUGAUGCAUACGUUGGCUGCUGAGUUCACCAUCCUCAGGGUCGUGAACGGGGAGACGGUGGCUGCCGACGACUUCGGGAUAACGAAUGGGUUUGUCAAGCCGAAAUUGGUUCAGAGGCCUGUUAUCCAUCCUCUUUCCAGUCCAAGUAAUAUGUUCUGUGUCACCAGCCUGGAUCCAGAUACUCUUCCAACUGUUGCUACACUCCUAAUGGAUGUCAUGUUUUACUCCAAUGGAGUAAAAGACACGGUGGUGGGCAGUGAAGACUCUGGACACAUUCGCUUUUUCUCCUUCUCUCUCAUUGAGGGUUACAUCUCCUUGGUGAUGGAUGUACAGACACAGCAGAGGUUUCCUAAUAAUUUGUUGUUUACAAGUGCAUCUGGAGAACUCUGGAAGAUGGUUCGGAUUGGCGGGCAGCCACUUGGCUUUGAUGAAUGUGGAAUUGUCGCUCAGAUUUCUGAGCCUUUGGCCGCCUCCGACAUCCCAGCCUAUUACAUCAGUACUUUUAAGUUCGAUCACGCAUUGGUACCCGAAGAAAAUAUAAAUGGCGUAAUCAACGCACUCCAAGUCAGUCAAGCUGAAAAGCAUUAGACAUCUUCUGAGCUGGUUGCAGAUGCUUUUUUAUUAUUAUUCCUUUUCUCACAGUAUUUCUUGAAAAAUCUGACUCCGGAGAGAGAGAUUGAGGUGUCAUGAAAAGAGACUGUGAACUGAUGAGCAGAAGCAGCUCCAACAAGCUUUUUUUUUUUUUUUUCCCCCUUUCUUUCUUUCUUAAAAGUGGGAGGGCGGGGAGUGUUCUGAUGGUUUCCUGACAUUAGACUCCAAAGCAAAAUGCUUUCCUGCUUUUUUGGUGUGAAAGGAAUUGCAGGUAGAGAUGCAGCCUCUCACUGAAAUGCAGAGGGAUAGACCGAUUGCAUACACAGUAGCUUUAGGGAGAGCUUCAAAACAACACCUGAGGGGGAAGAGCUGCUUUUUUAGCAGAGAGCAUGAAAAGCAUAAAUGAAAGAAAUGUGGAAUUAAAAGGAAAACAAAAUGUUGAACUGUAUUGAUCUUUCUACUAGCAUCAGACUAUAUAAAAAUGGUAACAAUCCCUUA